AUGAGUACCGAGAAAACCGAUAUGGGCGGAAACACGCUUGCUUCAUUAAAAUUACAACGUACAACAAUGAAAAGAAAUAUAUCUCAACUGAAGGGGAAAACAGACAGAGAUGGUGCUUCAUCCGAUUAUACAAUUUUGGAAUGUCGACUACAGAUUUUAGAAUCUUAUUUUAAACAAAUAAGCCACAUUCAAACCCAAAUAGAGAAGUUGGAUGAUUCUGAUAUGGCUCGAUCAGAUUUAGAAGAGCUGUUUAUUUCUGCCAAGGCACCAUUGGUAAGUUUUAUGAAUCAAAAACGUAGUUCUGGUGAUAUUGAACAAAGCUUUUUAAAUUCCUCUCAAUCUUUUGUGUCUCAUCAAAAUCGUUUGCCUCAACUAAAAUUACCUAAAUUUGACGGAAAAUAUUCGGAGUUCUCGCGAUUUAUAAGCACAUUUAAAACUUUAGUGCAUAAUGAAUCCAAUAUUCCUGUUAUUGAUAAAUUCAAUUAUUUACUUAAUUGUUUAUCUGGUCAAGCACUAGCUGUAAUAGAACCUUUUCAAGUUGUGGAGUCAAAUUACCAAAAGGCUUUAGAUCGUUUGAUUGAGCGAUAUGACAACAAAUCAUUAAUGUUUAUUGACAAUAUCAAUUCAUUAUUUUCUAUUGCUCCCAUGCAUAAACCAAACGCCUCAAUGUUACGUUCAAUUCUUGAUAACGUUUCAGCCCUUCGUAGUUCGUUGCUCUCACUCGGUUCAGAAGUCGAUGUUAUGAACGCUAUAAUUAUUCAUAUUGUUUUGUCGAAAAUUGAUGGAGAAUCAAAGAAGAUUUAUGACGAAAAACAAGACUUUAAUUCUCUGCCAUCAUGGGAUCAGUGUUAUUCAAUUUUAAGUCGUCGUUGUCAGUUUCUAGAAAGCCGUACUGCAGAAAUGGACUCUUUUCAACCUCAUGAUAAUAAAUCAAAGGCAAAUCCCAAGCGGCCAGGAUUAUCAUUUAUGGUCUCAUCUAUCAUUUGCGAAUAUUGUAAAAGCAAAGAACACUUAACUGGAAGUUGUUCAACUUAUUUGUCGUUGCCCAUAUCUCGUCGUUUCGAUUUCGUUAAAAGUUCCAAGUUGUGUAUAAACUGCCUUAGAAAAGGCCAUUCAGUAUCCCAAUGUCUAUCGAAAUCUCGUUGUCGCACUUGUAGGGUAUCACACCAUACCACUUUACAUAAUCCAAACUUCCAAAAGAAAAACGAUUCAAAUAAUUCUUCUCGUUCAUCGGACUCAGGUCAUUUGCCAUCGUUUCAACAUAAUGCUUCCUUUAAUUCAUCGAUCCAAGAACAGCAUUCAUCGUCUUUCCAGCCAUCGUCUUCGUCAUCGCACCAAUCAUUAUUACCAACACCACCUAAUACAUCCUCAACUCAUUUAACAAAAACUUCAUUUGUCAUUCGUAGUCGUCGUAUAAAUCUGCUUCCAACAGCAAUUAUUUUUGUUAAAGAUUCGUUCGGUUGUCUACAACCUCUUCGGGCCUUAUUGGAUUCUUGUUCGGAGGUAAAUCUUAUAACGCAAGAAGCUGCAAAUCGUCUUCGUCUAAAACAAAGCAAAUCGACUCACGAAAUUUCUGGUGUCUCUGAUAUACGAACUCAACUGAAAUACAUGGUAACCGCUACAAUUAAAUCUCGUGUUUCUAACUUUGAGUGGACUACGUGUUUUUUGGUCACAAAAUCUAUUUCAACACAACACCCAUCUGAACAAAUCAGUACAGAAAACUGGAACAUUCCAAAUGGACUAGAUUUAGCAGAUCCACAAUUUUACAUUCCACAACAUAUAGAUAUUUUAAUUGGUUCUGAAAUUUUCUUUGAUUUACUUCUUGAGGGCAAAAUUUCUCUCGGAAAUGGACUUCCUUCCCUCAUAAACACAUCCCUCGGGUGGAUCAUUGGUGGUAGCGUGGAUACUCAACGUUUUCAUCGUGCCCUAUCGUGCAAUGUCAUAACAAAAACCGAUGAUCUAGACUCUUUAUUGCAAACCUUUUGGGAAAUAGAAGAAUUUAAUUCAAGUUCAACCAUUUUAACAGAAGAAGAACAAAAAUGUGAGGACCAUUUUACAAAAAAUACAAUUUUCAAUUCUAACGGAAAAGUUCAGGUACGUUUACCAUUUAAAAAUUCUAUAACUCAACUUGGUAGCUCAAUUGAAGUAGCACGCAGACGAUUUUUAUAUUUGGAAAAACGACUUUAUAAAGAUGAUAAUUUACGACAAAUGUAUUUUGAUUUCAUGGACGAAUACAUUAAACUUGGUCACAUGUCUCCCGUAACAUUCGAUUGUUUAGAUUCCUCGCAUUAUGUAAUUCCUCACCAUCCUGUUUUGCGUCCUCAAAGUACCACAACAAAACUCAGGGUGGUCUUUGAUGCUUCUUGUCGCACAUCGUCUAACAUUUCAUUAAACGAAGCUCUAAUGGUUGGCCCAACAAUUCAACAGGAACUCAUAAUAACAAUUUUGUCGUUUCGUUUAAAUAAACUAGCUCUAUCAGCUGACAUCUGUAAAAUGUAUCGACAGUUUUUGGUGGACGAAAGAGACCGCAAUUUUCAGUUAAUUUUAUGGAGAAGAAACGUAAAUGACCCAAUCACUUUAUACAAGUUAAACACAGUAACUUAUGGCACUUCGGCAGCACCAUUCCUCGCUGUAAGAAGUUUAGUCUUCAUCGCUGAUUUUUACAAAAAUGAAUUUCCUGUUGGUUCUAAAACUCUCAAACAAGAUGUUUACGUUGAUGACUUGCUCACGGGGGCAGAUAGUUUUCCUGAACUUUUAGCCAAAAAAUGGGAAGUUGUCGAAGUUUUGCAGAAAGCCGGACUACAACUAUCAAAAUGGAAUUCAAAUUGCUCAAACAUUGCUCCGUGCGACGGUGAACUACAAUUAAAAACAAACGACGAACACAUCGCUAAAGCACUUGGGAUGUCAUGGAAGCCCAAGGAUGACGCAUUUUGCUUUCGUUUUGAUUUAGCAGUAAUAGAAGUUCCAACAAAAAGAUCGGUUUUGUCAGCUGUAGCAAAAAUAUUUGAUGUUCUUGGUCUACUCAGCCCUAUUAUCAUUUCAUGCAAGAUUUUGAUCCAAGAAUUGUGGAAACAAAAAUUAGAAUGGGAUGAACCACUUAACGAACGCUUGUCAAAUCGCUGGCGGAUAAUUGAACAAGAUUUCCAACACAUUAACAAAAUUGAAAUCCCUAGAUUUGUAGGUUCAUCUCCAAAAACUCAAUUUGACAUCCACGGAUUUGCGGAUGCCUCUCAAUUGGCAUAUGGAUGCUGCAUCUAUGUGGCUCAUAAAACUGAAUCAAAAUCAAUAUUGCUCAUAGCAAAAUCAAAAGUUGCUCCAGUGGUCCAGCAGUCCUUGCCGAGAUUAGAACUUUGCGCCGCUUUAUUGCUUAGCCGAACUUGGCACAAAAUUAAACAUAAGUUUGAUGCUUUCACUUAUCGAAUUUUCUUCUGGUCCGACUCGAAAAUAGUCCUAAACUGGCUUAUUAAUCACUCUUCGUCAUAUGUUUGCUUUGUCGCUAAUAGAGUAUCGGAAAUACAAAAUUUAACUCACAACAUUCAAUGGAGGCAUGUUCCUUCGAAACAAAACCCUGCAGAUGUGGUGUCGCGAGGCUGUCUUGCCUAUGAUUUAAAUAACACUAUAUGGUUUACUGGCCCUCAAUUUCUUUUAGAACCAGAUAUAAAUUGGCCCAAAGGUAAUAAUGAAGUUGUAGAACUUCCCCAACAAGAAAUGAAGAAAACUCUAUUUAAAACUACUAUUGUAACUGAAUCAAUCAUCGAUCAAAUAAUUUCUCGUCAUUCUUCGUAUCUUCGCAUUCUUCGUAUCGUCGCUUAUAUUCAUCGUGUCUUCGACAAAACACAGCAUCAUUUCUUUGUAACCGCUGAGGAACAACAAUCAUCGUUUUGGAGAAUCGUCUAUAACAUACAACAAACAACAUUUAAGGAACAAAUUGAGCUACUCAACAAAGGAAAAAAUUUACAACCCAGCUUUCAAAAGCUUGCUCCAUUUUUAGAUAAGGUUCAAUGCUGCAAUUCAACUUUAAUCAUCGUUCGCGUGGGUGGUCGGCUAGCAAAUGCACCGUUAUCAUACGACACAAAAUUUCCUGCCCUUUUACCAAAGGAUCAUCGUUUCACCAAAAUCUUCGUCGAGUAUCUUCAUCGCAAACAUCUACAUGCUGGUCCAAAGGCUCUUCUCGGGAUUCUUCGCCAACAAGUUUGGAUAAUCAACGCAAGGGAGCUUGUAAGAAAAGUUGUUCGAAACUGCGUCCAUUGUUCUAAGUAUCAUCCUCGUUUACUACAACAGCUUAUGGGUAAUCUUCCUGCGGAUCGCUUGAAGGCUCAACGUCCCUUUCUUGUCUCUGGCGUUGACUUUUGUGGACCUUUCUAUACUUCCUAUCGUAUUAGAGGAAAACAGCCCUAUAAAACAUAUGUUGCAAUUUUUGUUUGCUUUACAUCUAAAGCCAUUCAUAUUGAAUUAGUAUCAGAUCUAUCAACUAAUACCUUUCUUUUAUGUCUUAAAAGAUUUAUAGGUCGUCGUGGCAUCCCUCAAAAGCUUUAUUGCGAUAAUGCAACAAAUUUUGUUGGCGCCAACACCAGACUACAAGAGUUCAAACAACACUUCUUUAAUGAUGCUAAUGUCAAGCAGCUCAUGCACUACAGCGCAGUUACUGGCUUCAGAUUUUUGUUUAUCCCUCCUCGUUCCCCCCACUUCGGUGGCCUGUGGGAAUCUGCUGUUAAGUCCACAAAAACACUUCUCGUCAAAAACAUGUCUCAAGCCAACCUAACAUAUGAAGAGUUCCAAACAAUCCUCAUCGAAGUUGAAGCUAUUUUAAAUUCUCGACCACUGGCACCCAGAUCAGAUGAUCCAAAUGAUGGUGAAGCCCUAACGCCUGCCCAUAUGCUAAUUGGUUGCUCCUUGAUGGCCCUACCAGAUCAAAAUUUGGAUAAUUACAAAAAGGUUACCUAUCUAAAACGCUACCAACUUGUUACAUAUCUUAAGCAACAGUUUUGGCUUCAUUGGGUCCGUGACUACGUACUAAAUUUACAACAAAGAUGCAAAUGGUUCAAGAGUUGCGAUAACAUAAAAGAAGGUACACUUGUAAUUAUUCAUGAAGAUAACACUCCGCCUCAACAUUGGCUCCUAGCUCGAGUGAACAAAGUUAUUCCUGGUGGAGAUGGAAAGGUCAGAGCAGUAGACCUUAAAACUACAAAGGGAAUUCUAAGACGUCCCAUACACAAAAUAGCACCUAUACCUACCGAAGCUGAUUGA